AUGCGGUUCUCUUCUGCUGCGAUAGUAAUAAUAUCAGCAGUCCUGGCGGUAUGUCAAGCCUCUGCCAUAAUACUAAAUAAGGAUUUGGGUGUAUCGUGUGCCCCUAUUACAUACAAUGCCAAAUCAAAGCUUCCAGCUACUAUAGAAUUAUAUGUUGACCUGAUUACUCUUGAAGAUCCAGACAAAAUCAAAGAUUUCAAGCUUCCAGUGCUUAUCUUCCGUGCCACCGAUAUCUACAACUUCUCCAAUGUUCCAAGCAUCCAUGAGUAUAAUCAAGAAUACUACGCGAACUGGGCUGAUUUACACGAUCUAGUGGUUGAUGGGGAUAAGUUCAAGUUGGUGGUAGAGAGAGGAUACCCUCAAGAAAUUGAUACUUCAAGAUUAUUAAACUCGUUUGCUGUCUUGGAUACUGAAGAAAACUCAAAUACCCCACAACAUGUUGAUGUGAUAUUCCCCGUUAAGGAAACUGGCUUAUAUUGUGUCUAUAUAGCACCACCUAAGGAAGGUUUAGUAGAGCUUAAAGUUCCUAUUAGAUACCAAAAUUCGUAUGGGCUAUUGGAUUUCACUGGUUAUUGCAUUUAUUCUCAAUAUAAGUACCUGAUUAGUUUAGGUAUUGCUAUCUUUGGAUAUUUGUUCUAUUAUAUUGUGAAAAUGGUGGGGAAGGAUUAUAGUUCAAUGAAUUCGCUUUCGGUGAUGUCCAAAUUGACGGUUUUCUACUUGAUUCCUCCAAUUAUCAUGGUACAUAUUAUUGAUUGGAUCUUAUUAGGGGUGAAGAACAAACAUAUUGCUAGUAGCAUAGAUAACAAGGCCUUUGAUUUCUUUGAAGUUGUUUUAAGAAUGGUUGAGAGUCUCUUUGGAGUUUAUUUCAAUGCUAUCUUUUUAUUGUUUGCCAUGGGUUACGGUGUGAUUUACUACCAUAAUGGUUCAAGAAAGUAUAGAGAAUUACCUCUGGCACUUCUGAGGAAAGUUAAGAUUUUGUUCACCAUAAAUGCCAUUGCCAUUUGUAUCGCUACAUUUUUAUUUACUAAUGUGCUGUCACCAAUGUAUGAUCCUACACUCAUGCCACUAUUCCCUGAGAUGCUUCAGCAGAAAAAGAGAUCAUGGUUGGUUUCAAUCAUAGGUUCAUUGGCCCUGAGUUUAGUACUGUUAUUACCAAUGGUUUGGUCCAUUUGUUCCUUCUAUUAUUUCUUUCAAACUAAAAAGUUGAUUGCAAAGUUCCCUCCUAUUCAAUCAGGUAAUGAUGACGAUGUCAAUGAAAGAAUCACCAAAUCUUUUAAACGUUCAGUUAUCGUUAUUGUUGGUGUACCUUUUUUCAUCUUUGUAGUGGGGAUCUUUGCGUUUGGUGUCCAAUCAGGUUUGUCCAAUCCUGAAUUUUUUGCCAAACAGUACGCUAAUGAAGAACAAAGGCUGUUGGCCAUUUUUGAAUACAUGGUAAUUGGUAAAAGACUACCAAAAAUGAUGUUCUGGGCCCAAAUUUUGGGGUAUUACUUUACAGUGAUAAUAUUCUAUUUCAUUUGGGUCAGAGGCAACAAUGGGUUGUUAGUUGAUAACGAUCCUUUACAAGAGUAUGAUGAAGUUACAAGAUAUGAAGUUUACUCUGAUGAUGAUAGUCAAAGUCAAAGUCAAAACUCAAACUCCACCACCGCAUGA